AUGUCGAUACGAAAGCGCAACGAGUAUCUGGAAGGCGAGGAGGACGAAGACGCGUCCGGAGGCGGGUACGACUCCGAGGCGGUCGAAGAAAGUAGAGUCACGAUAUCUGCACCGGCGCGCAAGCGCCAGAAACUAUCUGAUGCCUCAAACGACGACGACUUUGAUGCCAGCGCCAGUAGAGCAAAGCAUCGAAAGCAGCCUGAAGAUGUGGACUCUAGGUUUGCGGCUCUACUAGACGAUCAAGACGAUGGUGCCGCGCUCGACGACGAUGUCGAGAACGACGAAUCUCCCGCACCAACCUCCUCACUGAAAAUCUCAAAGGCGCCGAAACAUGUAGCAGCGGCACAGAAAGCGGCGCGAAGAAGUGGUGUGGUAUACAUCUCCCGGGUCCCGCCUUUCAUGAAGCCGCAGACCCUCAAGCACUUUCUCGCGCCGCAUGCGCCAAAAGGUCUUGGGCGGAUAUUCCUUACCCCGGAAGACCAUGUGGCGCACUCGCGACGGGUGAAAAAGGGCGGCAACAAGAAGAAGUCAUUUACAGAUGGCUGGGUGGAGUUCGUGUCGAAGCGGGAAGCGAAGACUGCAGCGGAAACGUUGAACGGCAACAUCAUUGGUGGCAAGAAAGGCAACUUCUACCAUGACGAUCUAUGGAGCAUGAAGUAUCUAAAAGGUUUCAAAUGGAGCCACCUGACGGAGCAGAUUGCGAAUGAAAAUGCUGAGAGGGCGGCCAGGAUGAGGGAGGAAGUGCGAAAGACGAAGCAGGAGAAUAAGGCGUUUGUGGACGACAUUGAGAGGGGUAAGAUGCUGGAGGGCAUGGAGACGAAGCGGAAGAUGAAGCAGGCGAGGGGUGGAAGCAAAGCAGAGCAGCCUGUGCGGAAGGGCAUGACCAACGACUUCAAGCAGAAGUCCGCGCGGAGGAUGGACGAUGGGACGAAGCUAUCUGAACAGGCGACGAAGGUGCAAAGGCUGAUCUUCUGA